AUGAUCAACCUUUCAGUCUUUUACGGGUCACUGUUAGCGCUUGGAGUGCUCGCGGGUGGCGCCGCUGGGCAGGUGCCGGGGUGCCGUAAACUGUCAACGGAUACCGACUGGCCAACUUUGCAGCAGUGGCAGGCAGCGAUACCCGGUGUCCAGGCAGAAAACAAUUCAGACAGCCUUGGACCACUUCCAGACUAUCGCAUCCGCGCAACCAGCUAUUCUGAUGUACAGGCAGCGGUGAAAUUCGCUGCAGAAAAUAACGUUCGAGUUUCCGUCAUCACAACCGGACAUGACCAGCUUGGCCGUAACAUUGCCGGAUCUGGACUUCUCAUUGACCUAUCACUGUUGCAAGGUGCUCGGGCGUCGCCAUCUUUCGAGGCGACGGUAGAAGGUGUCAAAAGCCUCUGCGGUAAUGAGUCGGUGCAGGCAAUUACUGCAACUCCUGGCGUGCAAGCGGCCGUCACAUUCAACCCGGCUGUCAAUGGCCUCAACCUCAAUACGGUUCUCGAUGCGUCAGGUCUGUUUCUGGUCGGCGGUACCCAUGCUGGAGUGGCUGCUGCUGGCGGCUGGGGUCAAAAUGGUGGCUAUGGUCCCAUGACAGCACAAUACGGCCUUGGAGCCGACCAAUGGCUCGAGGCCAAGAUCGUCACUCCCGACGGUGAGCUCAAGGUCGCCAACGAGGUUUCCAACCCAGAGCUCUUUUGGGCGAUCAGAGGUGGAGGUGGAAGUACGUUUGGUGUCAUCGUCGAGGCCACUUGGAAAGUUCAUCCCAAGGUUCCCAUCCUCAGCUUUCACUGGUACAUGAACUCGACCCUGUCUGCCGACGUGAUCGACCAAGAAACCGGAGUCACACAAACGAGCGAGGCGAUUGCUUAUUUGCUUUCACAACUUCCAGAGGUUCACGACAGAGGCAAUAUUUCUGCUUAUUUCUUCGUGCAAGGUGAUAACAUCCGGUGCCAUGCGAUCCAUGCUGGUCCACGAGCCAAUGCUACCGAAGCCAACUCCAUCUGGGGUCCCAUUCUUACAAAAAUGCAGUCAUUCCCAGGAAUGACACCAUUUCAAAGCAAACACUUUCUGUACGACGGAUACAAAAACUUCUUCAACACUACCUAUGGACCCGCAGAGAAUGUCGGUGCGCCUACGAGCCAUGGAAUUGUUCCCUACGAUAGUCAUCUUUUGAGCGCAGCUCACUUGACAAGCCCCAACCUGACCUACGCACUUCGGGGAACAGCAGGAAGCAUGGGUAUCUUGAUGACUACUCCUGGCACCACUCGCGGUGAUGGAAGCGAAACCGCAGCCAACCCCGGAUGGAGGAAUGCCACACUCUUUCUGGUAGGGUGGAAGACAAAUACCACUAAUGUUGAUGGGCUCAGAGAAUUUGCCCCAGGCAUGGGAACGUACAUCAAUGAGGCCAGUACAGAUGAGCCCAACUGGAGCAGCCACUUUUGGGGCUCGAAUUACCCAAGGCUGUCGGCACUCAAAUCAGAGCUUGAUCCCAACAUGGUGUUCUGGAUCAGCCCAGGUAUCAAUGCUGAUCACAUGCAGGUUGUUGACGGCAGACCUUGCAUGGUCCAACCAUCUCCAUUGGAGCCAUCAUUGUAUGCACCGCACACCGAAAGACACGUCGACGCGGAUCUUGCCAACGAUCGGGAAUUUGUUUUCGGAUCCCAAGAGUUGAACGGCGUCCAGUUUCCAGCUCCGGGAGAGUUGAUUGGUCUUCAAUCAUGA